UGCAAGUUUCGACGACCAUCAACGCGUCUCUUUCCUCUCUUUCCUUCCCCGAAGGCAUGGCAAAAGGAGCAGCACGGCCUGAGAGAAGACGGUUCCAGCAGCAACCGGAGUUUCUCCUUCAAGUUCGCCUCCGCCUGUUGGCACGGCCUCCACAACGAACGCAACCCAUCUGGUGAACCCGCUCUGAAAGACGGAGGGGUCAAAGUCAUUCUGCCCGCUAUGUCAAAUCAAGAUGAUCUUGCGAAGCUGACGGUUCCUUUGCUCAAAGCCAAGUGUAAAGAACUGGGCCUCACCGUAGGAGGAAAGAAAGCGGAUCUCAUUGCGAGGAUACUGGCUAGCCCGCAGUCUGCCCUUGCGGCCCCGACGUCAACCCCUGCCUCUGCUGGCGCCCAAAACCCCACGGAAGGCGGAGCUCAGGUCGCAGCUCCAAGCACCUCACCCGAAGGCCCACAGGCUGCAGCUCCGAGUGAUACUACUACAUCUUCGACCGUCGACGUCGCAGCUGCAAGCACCACCACAUCUUCGACCACAAAGCGCAAACGCUUGGACCAGGAGGGGAAAACGAGCAAGAAGAGCAAGAAGAGCAAGCCGGAAGCGUCCACCCAGCAGCCUACACUGAGCACAGCGAGCUCUGGACCUUCCAAAUCAGCACCGACGCCGAGGGCAGCCGCUUCCGCGUCAGCCAAGAAAGCCCUCACGAGUUCGGAAGGGUCUAGCACUGUCCGCUCCAAGGGAAAAUCCCUAUUGGCCCCAAAGCGUCCUCUGGUACCACAAAACAGUGCAGCAACACAACCUCAGCACGCGGCCGUUGCCACACCAACGCUGCCUGUCGAGAAGUCAUUGAACGUUCCGACCCCUAGUAAGCCAGCAGCACCCAUCGCUACGGCCCCAAAGUCCGUUCGAAGGAAGCCUUUGCUCAUGAAACAAGUGGGAAAAUCAGCCCCAACACAGGAAUCAACUCAGGUUCUGACGCCUCCGAGCAAAAAGGCACCCGCCACCUCGUCGGAUAAAGCUGCGAGCGCGGUAGCAACGAGCACGAAACAAUCGGCCGUCGCGGCGGCCAAAUUUCGGUACACGCCGCUUCAAGUCACGCAGCCGUCAUUGACACUCGCCCCGCCUCCUGCCUCAAAUGCCUCGACGAGCUACUGGGUGGCGGAGGAAAUCUUUCCGUAUGCAGAGCCCUGUCAGCCCCUUCCUUCUCGAAAAGCUCAAUAUGCGUCUACCUCGCUCUUGUUCGGCGCUUUUGAAAUCGCGCUGCCUAAACUGGAUCAUGCCUCGUUGUUGACCGCUGAGGGAGUCUCGUCCUUUUGCCAGACACUCGCUUUGAAGAGUUGGAGGCCCUGUCUCGAGAGGGACUUUCCCGGACGUACAACGGCCAUGUCUCUGGCGAACGGAGGAGGCGGCGAUCAGCCGCAUGCGAAACAGAUCUAUCGACAACGUAGAAAGGAGUAUCUCUGCAACAUCGCCGAGCAUUGCAACAGCUGGAUCGCCAAGUUAUUCAUGCGUUGCAACCCGGCGGGCACCGCCAGUCAGGAGAUGGACGAGUACAUAUUCGGCAUCCACGUGGAUAUCUUCAAAGGCAAUUAUAACUCGGCCGAAAUCUACGUAGCUCGACGCUUCUGGAUCGCGCUUUUUGUCGACCUCUCGGCGGGCAGGCGAGACAAAGCUUUACCUGUCUCUGUUUGUCCAAUGAUCCGUCAAGUGCAAUGCCUUACUCGCGACAUUGCCAAGGUGUCGUGCUACAAAGUAUCAGCAGCGCCGGAGACGACCGAAGGAUCCAGCCCGACGCCGGGAUGCCAACAAGAGCUGGUGUACCUCGUCAUCUCCCAAACUGGCCAGAUCCUUACUCAGAUCGAUCUCUUCAAGCCUGAUCUCCUCACACCAUGGGAGCUCUUCGCGCAAGCCUGCAUCGCCCGAGACUCGUACAAAACCAGCCUCUUCCCUUCGUCUCUCAUAUCGCUGGUGGUCACCCUGGACAGCUCGUUCCCGUACAACAUCCAUCAGUCGGUCCCGAGAAGCACGGCCUUGAGACACGAAAAAGCGGCUGUGGCGGCUCGCUUCGUGCUCACCCACUGCGACGGCCUCGACGCCUCCCUCGCUAAGCGGUUCAGCAAACCCCUUCCCGGACGCGACAUGUUGUCACCGUCCUGCGGACUACCGGCGCUGAUUGCACAAGGUCGUCAAGCGGUGCAGUCUGUACAUUUCAACGCACCGCCCAAAGCUGAUCGCCCCGAGCUCUCAUCGGACCUCGCUAUCAUCCAAACAGUAGACUCCGGCACGCUCUACGUCGUCGCGGAAUGUGGAUUGGUUGUGGGGACGGAUAUGAGUGGCGUGAACCCGCUGUGGCAGAGAUUGGUGGAGUGUGACCGCGAUGGGAUGGUGAGGACGGCUCAGAUGCCUAUUAUGACGGAAGAGCGAGGACCCGUCGCGGCGUUGAUGGUGCGCGCGGCGGAUGAUGGUUUGAAAACGGGCGUAUUCGUACGGGGGCCGAUCAGUGCUCUUGGAUCUGCGCAUCCGAUGGGUGUGGACGGGGAUGAGAACAGCGACUAUUAUAGAGGAACUGAGGCUGAGGAUUGGUGUGCGUAGAUGUAGGCACGGUUUUGGAAUUGUUCUUCUGGUGCAUUUUAAGCCUUGACUAGAUCUGGCCUUCCCUUCGCCUUUCUUCCUUCACCAGGUACAGAAAUAGAAACGGAAUCAUGCGAAGCCUUGCAGUGUUAUUAUGUAUAUACGAUCGAGAUCAAGAUACUACAUCCCAUGUCUAUGCCCAUAUACGCCAACAUCCAAUGCACUGCUGAAACUCGAUAUGUGAUGUUCUUCUACGUCUACCGCCGAACUCUCUCAGCCCAAACAUCCUCCACAAACUCCCUACCGCCUUUACUCCUAAUAAGCCUCAACAACCAAUCACUGCUCUCAUCCACCCCCGCACUCCCCCUACCCUUCCCAUCACC